AUGUCUCUCUGUCUCUCUCUUUCCCACUUUGUCCUCUCUCUCUCUCUAUCUCUCUUUCUCUCUCUCUCUCUCUCUCUCUCUCUCUCUCUCUCUCUCUCUUUAUUCACUUUCUCCUCUCUCUCACCAUAUCUAUCUUUCUUUUUCUUAACACCAUUCUUAACCUACUCCCUUAGGCUCGUUAGCUUUAUCUUUCUUUUAUUCUUUCUCCUUUUGUUCCCUUAUCUUCCUGGCAUCUAUUUCUACGCCUUCUUUGAAUUAUCUAUAUUUAUAGUAAAUUAUUGGCGUAAAGAAAAUCAAAUAUCUCCCCCCCCACCGCCUGACUCUUACUUUCGCUACAUAGUUUCCUCCUCCUCCUCUCGAUCAAUGUAUCUAUCAACCCACUUCAACCCGAUCUGCCAAUCAAUCAAUAUAUACAUAUGUGUGUGGCGGGAGGUGACUCUUGUAUCUUAUAGAUUGAUUUAUCUAUCUUUCUAG